AGGAAGCCAGGAAGUUGGGAAAGCGCAUCAAACCCAGCUACAAUCUGUUGAGGCGGCGCCUGGAAAUUUGCCAGUUCACGAAUUAUUUUCCUAUCCAAAGCGUGUGAACGCAGUCGGAAGCUUUUGUGAACCAGAAGGUAUAUAUUUCUGCUUUGAAAAAAUGCUUUAUUGGUUGUUUUGCUAAUGUCUCCAAAUACAUAUAUCCAGUAGGCAUAUAUUUGUUCUAUGGAAUGCGAAGACAUUUGGUUGGAUUUCUGAGCUGCUGAGCAGGACUGUAACUUUUUUAAAAGCGGGGCUCCUCCUCUCGUUGCCCUGAGAGACAGCGUAGGUGAUGCCUCUCUGGUAGGCAGAGUGACCGGUCUGUAUUGAAUCAGCUGCGCGUCUCUCGGACAGUCUGACGGCUCCAUGGGAGACCAGUCGCCCCUCCUCCUGGAGCGCCACUUCUCCUCCAACCUGCAGCUGGACGCCAUGGCUGACCCCCAGAGGCAGUCGGGGGGCCUGGCGCCGCCGGGGGUCCAGCCCUGCGAGGAGAGGGGGAAAGGGGGUGUGAUCCUCAGCACACAGAGCCAGGCUGCCCGAAAACUGGGCACCCAGCAGCUCAUCCCCCGGAGCCUGGCGGUGGCCAGCCGCCCGAAGAACCGGCACCACACCACCAUCAUCACCCUGCCCGUGGAGAUGACCACGGACAAGCGGGUGUCGGCCCCGGCCCCCGACCUGUCCUGGGACGACUACGACAGCGAGGGCGAGGGCCUCUCGCUCCGCAGGAACCGCAGGAACAAGUCGUACCGCGCCGCCGUCAAGAGCCUGAACCCGGCGGCCCUGGUGGCCGGCUCGGGCGCCUCCACCCUCAGGCCCGUCUGCGAGAACAGAGCCCCCAGCCCCCAGCCGCGGCGCAGCCCCCAGCCCAGCCCCCGACGCAGCAAGAGAACAUUGGGAAGGAAGAGGAACCAAAAGCACGGGGGGUCCUUCAAAGAUGAACCCCGUCUCUACCAGGAGAUCCGUGAGCGCGGCCUGCACUCCAACAACCAGAAUGCGGAAGACGACCUGCUGGAAGACCCGGUGGCUGGAUCUCCCGAGCCGGAUCAGGGCAUCGUGGUAAAGAGCUACCGCCCCGCCCAGCGCACCUGGAGCCAGCUGCCGCAGGUGUCGGAGACGGGUCUUCUACAGCUGAUCUCAGUGGAAGAGCGCAAGCGACAAGAGGCCAUAUUCGAGAUUAUUACGUCCGAGCACUCAUACAAGCACAGCCUGGACAUCCUGGUGCGCCACUUCAAAGGAAAUAUGGACCUGCGAAACACCAUGACCACAACCGACCACCACCACCUCUUCUCUAAUAUCGCAGACAUCCAGGCUGCCAGCAAGAGGUUCUUUGAGGACCUUGAAAGGCGCCACCAUGACAACCCUGUGAUCCGAGACAUCAGUGACAUCGUGCAGGAUCACGCCAGCCAUCACUUCCAGCCUUACAUCACCUACUGCGCCAACGAGACCUUCCAACAGAGGGCGCUACAGAGGCUGCUAGCAAGUAACGCUGCGUUUAAGGAGGUGCUGAAGCAGAUUGAGAUGAGCGCGGAGUGCGGGGGCCUGCCUAUGAUCUCCUUCCUGAUCCUGCCCAUGCAGAGGGUGACCCGCCUGCCGCUGCUAAUGGAUACCAUCUGUCAGAAGACCCCAAAUCAGACGGCAGAGUACUUCGCCUCCGUGUGGGCAUUGAAGGCCAUUAGCAAGCUGGUGAGGAAGUGCAAUGAAGGAGCUCGCACCAUGGAGAGGACAGAGCAGAUGUACACCAUCCAGAAGCAGAUGGACUUCGGCAAGAUCAAGCCCUUCCCCCUGGUGUCCGCCUCGCGGUGGCUACGGAAACGGGGGGAGCUGACCGUGUGCACCGACGACCUCAGCAUGUUCUGGAAGGCCUUCAGCGCCAAGAGCAACUACCUGUUCCUGUUCAACGACGUGCUCAUCCUCACCCGCAAGAAGAGUGAAGAGAGCUUUGUGGUGAUGGACUACGCCACUCUGGAGAAUGUGGAGGCGGAGCUGGAGCAGUCUGACGGACAGGCGACUUCACCAAUCAGGGCGAACAGCUCGGCUCCCUACUCCCUGAAGCUGCUGAUGAGGAGGAACAGCGAAGGGCGGGCUGAACAGAUUGUCCUGGCAGCCGAGACGCAGAUUGAGCGCGCUCGCUGGGUAACAGCUCUCCAGCAGCACAAACAGAUGGACGUCUACGGGAAUAAAGAAGAUCUGCCGCAGUGCGAGGUGACCAAGGCCUACAUGCCCCGUGAGCCUGACGAGCUGGGCCUGCAGCAGGCCGACGUGGUCAUCAUCCUGCAGAGGGUGGAGGGCUGGUACCACGGGCAGAGGAUGCGGGACGGGGAGAGGGGCUGGUUCCCGGCCGGCUGCGCCACGGAGAUCACCAACCGCAUCGCCGUGCAGCUCAACGUCCAGCGCAUGGAGCGGCUGCGCAAAGAGACCAACGUGUGAGAGCACGGGCCGGAGCGUGGGGGGCGGGGCCUGCCGGCGGCCAAUAGCGCUCCCAUGUGCCCUCCCUCCUUCAGUCGCAAUUUGAGAGACCGUGGGAGGAAAGUACUGACCAGGAAACAGGAAAGAGCCCCCAGAAUGUGUGGGAAGUGGAGCGCGCAUCACUGUUAGAAAGGGUACCGUGUCUGUGAAAUAUAGUGUGUGUUCUGCAUUGUACAUUGGAUUAAAAUAAUAAAUCUAAAUGCUAAACGCCGUACUGCUAAGUACUAAAUGCUGUGUCGUAAAACAAUAUGUAUAACAAAUAGAAUUAUGUUGCAGCCGCAACUAUUUAUGUUGAUGUUUUGAACGCAUAUUCUCAAAAUGUGGAUGAAGCCAUUUAGUGAAAGUUAGAAUGUCGUUUCAUCACCUUGUUUAGAAUAAAGAUUAUUAGGGCAUUUCUCUGGCCAGAAUGUAUUGUUUAUAGUGGCUCAUCAGGUCUAGAGCGUUGAUCCACUGACAGCUUAGUGCCUCUGGUUCUGAUUGGCUGGGUCAUUUAUGAUGCCAUUGGUUGAAUGGUGGUUUUUUGUAACCAAUCUAAUUAGGAGCAUGGGUCGGCACUAAAAUAUGUCAAACGGGCAAGAGAACAUGAGGGGGUCACUGGCUGGUUAGAAUCCCUUCAAAUGAACUGCAUGUGAAUUUUACCAUAUAAAAAACAAUUAUAUCCAAAA